UGAGAACCAUUUUAUGUAAGCCACGCUUUUGGCAGGCUUUCGGUCAAUACAAUAUUAGAUUGUAAAUGCAGACAAUUGUCGAUGCAGAAUGACAACUAUUUCCAAAAAUUGUUACAUAUAUACUCAUCCAGUUGUACAUUGCCAUUGACCUGAAAAAUAAUUAGCAGUGCCUUGGGAAGUUUAGAUUAAGUUCUGCAAUGCUUCGAGCUUGCUUGUGGUUGGUCUUGGUUCCUUUUCUGCUUUUCUCAGUCGCGGUGUCAGAAGAAGAAGAAGAUGUGAAGACGUCGUUGAUUGAGUUCAUGGAAAAGCUUGAACCUGGAGACGUGCAGAGAGGCGCUAACUGGGGCUGGAAUCAGAGUUCAGACCCCUGCAUCGACAAAUGGGAAGGUAUUGGCUGUGAUGGCAGCUUGAAGUUCGUGAAGAAGAUUGUUCUUAACGGGCUCAAUCUCACAGGAGUUCUAGAUGCUGAUUUGCUUUGCAAGACAAACACGCUUUUUGUCCUCAGCCUUGAGAAUAACAAUAUUGUUGGAGACUUGUCAGACGACAUCUUGGGCUGCAGGAAUCUCACUCAUUUGUACUUGAGUGGUAACCGUUUCUCAGGCGUGUUUCCAAAGUCUCUCUCAGGGUUGAGUAAUUUGAAAAGGAUUGAUAUAUCUGAUAAUGGAUUCUCAGGAAAGCUUCCUGAGAUGUCCAAGGUCUCGGGACUUUUAACAUUUCUAGCUCAAAACAAUCAGUUUGACGGAGAGAUGCCCGUAUAUGAUUUCUCCAACCUUGUGGAAUACAAUGUUUCCAACAAUGAUCUUAGUGGCCCUAUUCCUGAUCUUGAUGGUCGUUUUGGUGCGAGCAGCUUUUUAGGUAAUCCUGGUUUAUGUGGAAAACCACUGGCGAAAAUCUGUCCAGAAAAGAAAUCCAAGAAGUCGUUGGCUCGAUACCUUAUAUACUGUGGCGUAGCUAUUAUGGUCUUGAUAGUGAUACUUCUUGUCAGCUACAAGGUGAUCAGGAAUGUCAGAUCUGAAAACAAGAAGGCCAAUGCUGUAAAACAUUCUGAUGAUAGUGACAGUACUUCCAGUGAGUACAAGAAUGCAGGAAGAUCCGAAUUUUCUGUGACAUCUGCUGAAAGUGGAUUGGCCUCAUCACUUUUAGUUCUUUCUAAUCCAGAUGUGAAAGGAAUGAAAUUUGAGGACUUGCUUCGAGCUCCAGCAGAGUUGCUUGGAAGAGGAAAACAUGGAAGCACGUACAAGGUCACCCCUAAUUCCGGAUUGAUCCUAGCGGUUAAAAGGAUCAAGGAUUGGGGCAUAUCUGCAGAGAAUUUCAAGAAAAGAAUGCAGAGGAUAGGCCAAGUGACACAUCCAAAAAUUCUUUCGGUUCUUGCCUACUAUUGUUCCAAGCAAGAGAAGCUCUUGGUCUAUGAUUACCAGCAGAAUGGAAGCCUCUUAAGCCUUCUACAAGGAUCCCACAAUGGCCAAAUAUUUGAUUGGGGAAGCAGACUCAACAUUGCAGCCACCAUAGCCGAAUCUUUAGCAUUCAUGCACGACAAGCUUCACGCAGAUGGAAUUGCUCAUGGCAAUCUAAAAUCCUCCAACAUACUAAUGAACAACAAAAUGGAACCAUGCAUCAGUGAAUAUGGACUAAUGGUGGUUGAAAACGACAUUCAAGCCAACACUCUGAAACCAGAUCCUACUGGGGGCCGAGCAUACGCUACCUUCACAGUAGAUGUCUAUGCUUUCGGUGUGAUUCUUCUGGAGUUACUAACAGGAAAAAUAGUUCAAAAUACAGGAUUUGAUUUGGAUAAAUGGGUGCAUUCAGUUGUUAAAGAAGAAUGGACAGUUGAAGUGUUUGAUAAGUCACUCACUUCUGAAGGUGCUUAUGAAGAGAACCUGGUGACUCUGUUGCAAGUAGCUUUGAAGUGCACCAAUGCAUCUCCAGAUGGUAGACCAAGUAUUAAACAAGUGGUGGAAAUGAUCAACUCUAUAAAGGAACAGGAAGAGGGAUCCUCCAUUAGCUCUUAAUACACAUCAUUUAAGUUUAUUACUACUGUAAAGCUUGCAUUACAUUUCAAAGUACAAUUAUAGUGCAACAUCUGAUACAUUCUUAAUUA